AAUAGUUGCCCAUUGUUUGCGCACCAACGGUAGAUCGGUAUUUCUCAUCCUGAAUAUAACUGUUUCAGCCUUCCGGUUCGACUUUGAAGACAGAAAACGUGUGCACUUAACUAAAAGGACAUUUUCAACAGGUUGAUUUUCUACUUCCAAUGCUCUAACCGCACCGUGUAGGCUACUUCAGUCCCCCCGCGGAUAUACAGGAGGAGCAAGCAUGCCUUUGGGACUCCGAAAAAAGAAAAACAAGUCGAGGGAAAGCUCGAAUUUGGUGGAAAACGAGGAUGUCAGCGGACACGCAAGUGGAGGUGUCGCCGCGAAGUCCGCGGUGAACGGUGGCGGACUCCCACCUCCACCUGCCAACCUGCGACCGAAGCUGGUGUUUCACACGCAGCUCGCCCACGGGAGUCCGACGGGCAGGAUCGAGGGUUUCACGAACGUCAAAGAGCUGUACAACAAAAUAGCAGAAGUGUUUAAUUUAAGCACAGAUGAGAUCCUAUUUUGCACACUCAACACCCACAAAAUUGAUAUGGAAAAACUACUGGGAGGGCAGAUUGGACUGGAAGACUUCAUCUUCGCUCACAUUAAAGGGCUCAAAAAGGAGGUGGAGGUGUACAAGGCAGAGGAUGCGCUUGGGCUCACCAUCACAGACAAUGGAGCUGGAUAUGCCUUCAUAAAGCGGAUUAAAGAGGGAAGUGUAGUGGAUGGGGUGAAGGUGAUCUGUAUAGGAGAUCAUGUCGAAUGCAUUAAUGGAAAGAACAUUGUGGGGAUGCGGCAUUAUGAGGUGGCACGAAUGCUGAAAGAGCUGCCCAGAGAUCAGUCCUUCACCCUCAAACUGGUGGAGCCCAUGAAAGCCUUCGAGAUGCUUGAACCAAGGUCAAGGGGAGGAGGCGGAGCCAAAUCCUCAGGAGAGAACAAGAUAGGUUCAGGCAGAGAAACCCUCCGAUUGCGCUCCAAGGGUCCCGCCACAGUCGAGGAGAUGCCCUCAGAGUUUGAAGAGAAGGCAGUAAAGAAAGUCGAUGACCUUCUUGAAAGUUACAUGGGCAUUCGAGACACUGAACUGGCUGCAACAAUGGUCGAGGUAGGCAGAGACAAGAAGAACCCUGAUGAAUUUGCCAUGUCUCUGGACCAGGCCCUGGGUGACUUUGCCUUCCCUGAUGAGUUUGUGUUUGAUGUCUGGGGGGCCAUUGGCGAUGCCAAACAAGGACGGUUUUAAAAUGCAGCUACACACACAAACACACCCAACUACACAUUUGAAGAGCUUAUAUCAAGAGGGUACGGUUCGGAUAUGUGUAGUUAAUAGCUAGCAUACUGAACAUCUCAAUUUUGUGAUCAACAAAGUUUUUACAAUUAAAUAAAAAGUAAUAAAUAGCACCGCUGUAUUUUUCUUGACAAGACAUUUUGCAGCCUGUCAAAGAGCGUCAGUGGCAUUUAGGCACAAGGUUUAGCCUAUCAGGACACGAAUUUAGAGAAUUGUUUUGUGUGGGUAGCCUGUAUAUCAUAUUUAACACCAAGCCAAGGGAACGGGUGAUGUUUCAAACACUCCUUUGCGUAUAGAAAAUUUUGUAUAGAAUUUUGAUAUACAUGAAUAGUCUUUUUGAAUAUAUUGUAAUCUUUUAAUUUAUUUUGCUUAUUAAAAUUGGCAGAGACCAUCUUAAAUAGCUGUUUAUCAUCAUACUAUUUUGUAGUCAUUAACAGUUUAGAAGUGUGCAUUUUACAUAAGUAGUGCCAACCAGACAGUUAAAUUCAGCUACAUUGCAAAUUAACUGAUAGCACAUUGAUUUUAAUGUCAUGAGCUUAUUGUACUAUACAUUCCAUAAGGGAUCACUUUUUAUGAUAGAUUGUAUGUUUUUGUGUGCCUUCACUGUUGUGUGUACAACUUAAUUUUGUUUGAAAAAUUGAUGUUGUGCUCAAAUUACAGGUUUUAACCUCUGCCUGUUGUUCACAUUUAUUAAAGGAGAAAAAGAUGCAAGAAAGUAGUUUGUGAUC